AUGUGUCCGACUCCAAAUGGCGACGGCCUAGAGCUUGAGAAAUCGAAUAAUAAUAAUACUCAACCUCCUUCGAUUUCACUUACUGUACCUCCCACAGAGAUCAUUGAUGCCGGCUUGAAAAGUUUAAAUCACUACAAGCGCAAACUUCCACCAUGGCGAUACAACAUGCGACAGGCUUUAUUGCCUUUGGUUCGAUGGGAGACUCCAUACUUAGCUUGGAUGCAGGAUAAGAUGCGAUGUCCAGCACUCGACACUUAUUUUGCUGUCACUGCGAACCUUGGAACGCAUACUUUCUUCAUGGUUGUACUGCCAAUUCUGUUCUGGUGUGGACAUACAUCUUUGGGAAGAGGGAUGGUUCACAUAUUGGCAACGGGAGUCUUCAUAACGGGGUUCAUCAAAGAUAUGUUCUCACUACCUCGACCACUAUCCCCACCUCUCCAUCGCAUUACUAUGUCGGGUUCUGCAGCACUCGAAUAUGGAUUUCCUUCGACACAUUCCGCCAAUGCUGUCUCGGUGGCUGUAUAUGCUCUUUUUACUCUCCAUUCUCCAGAAUGUCAACUGCUCCCUUCGACGAAACUGGCCUUAGAGAUUGUGAGCUAUUCUUAUGCCUUCUCUAUCGUACUUGGACGACUUUAUUGCGGCAUGCAUGGAUUUGUGGACGUAAUUGUUGGAAGUGUUAUAGGCGCACUCAUUUCUGUCGUCGAGUGCGUAUACGGAUCAGCGAUUGAUAACUAUCUCCACAGUAGCACCUGGAAGGCCCCUGUGACGAUCGCCAUAGUCAUUAUUCUUUUGAUUAGAGUUCAUCCAGAACCAGCUGAUGAUUGCCCAUGUUUUGAUGACAGCGUCGCAUUCGCGGCGGUUAUGAUAGGGGUUGAACUUGGAGGUUGGCAUUAUGCUUCGGGGGGUUGGGCCUGGGACGUCCCAGUUCCGGCGACGGUUCCAUUCGAUCUACAUCAUAUGGGCUGGGUAAUUGUGAUAUUACGAGUUCUCAUUGGUGUUUUGGUCAUCUUUGCUUGGAGAGAAGUUAUGAAACCAACAUUGUUGAAGUUACUCCCUCAUAUUUUCCGAGCCUUUGAGAACACGGGGUUGAUCCUACCCCGAAAAUUCUUUAUGCCUGCUUCAGAAUAUAAUAAUAUUCCAUCAAGACUCAAGGUGGAUAAUGUCAUGCCAUCUGUAUCCGACCUACCAAGUUUGAUCUCAUCUAUCCGACAUGCUGGACGGGGCCGAGCUGUAUCCGUCGGACCUCAAUCAGCUGCCGAUGCAUACGAAACUCUUGCGUAUCGAGAGAAAAGACGGAGAGAUAGUCUUACUGACGUAUUUGAGGGUAUGACUCCACGUCAAACAGCUACGAAAGAAGCGAAAGAUUACUUUGGCUCUAGACAACCGACUAUGGAUGGCGCCGUAUCAUCUGGAAUGUCAUCAAUUCAUGGGAGCAUGAAUUUGCCAACUCCAGCACAAUCCAGAGUUGGCUCUUAUGAACAGAUGAUGGGAGCAGGUCAUGUCAUGUAUACUCCAGGGGUAUCCACUCCGGGCCUUGAGGGUGAUGAUGCUGCAGAGGAUGAGAUUACUGUUGGACAGGAAAACGAGUUAGAUGAAACAGAAAUGUUCUCUAGGCUAGAAAAGCCUCGUGUGAGAUAUGAUGUCGAGGUAGUCACGAAACUUGUAGUUUAUAGUGGUAUCGCUUGGCUAGCAGUCGAAGGAAAUCCGAUAAUUUUCGAGGUUAUCGGUUUGGGUAUGGGCGUAUGA